UGUCACCAGGCCAGCGAACGCGCCUCAAUGCACGUACCUAAUACAUUAUAAUGCUUUAUGGUCAUCUUUAAUACAAGACCACUAUGCUCCUUAAUUAUCAUGAAAUUCUAACACUGCAUUGACGACAACAUCGUAUUGAAAUAGAUAAUAGAACCGAUAGCAGCGAUACAUAUACAACCAAUGCGGUUUUAAGCAUAGGCCGUGAAACGGAGUGGCAUUCGCCAACGCUUUUUAUAAGUAUUUCUCAGGUCGGGUUGUUAUAAAGCAACGAGCGCUUGUUUGUUAGACCACUCGGCUGAGAAGAUCCAAGAUGUACCGGGUGACACAAAGCGCGUGCAUUCUGCUGUAUUUGGCACAACUAGUAAUACUAGGACAUUGUACUGACCUCACAGGCCAGCUAAACUCACCCGCUUCAUCCUCUAAUCGAGACAAAAGGGAAACUGAUGAUGAUUUUGAAGAUGAUGUCGCAAAACGAUCUCGAGAACUGUUGGGUAAGCGAUCGGACGGUGAAGGCCUUGCAGCAGAGGCAACGUUAGAAAAAAGACUUAUGCCUUAUGAGGAACUUGAAAAACGCCUGAGACAUUUCAUCGGAAAACGAACUAACGAUGAGCAACAGUUCGAGAAAAAGAGUCGAGUACGAUACUUUGUCGGUAAACGAGACGACGGUGACGAGGACGAAGACGAAGAAAAGCGAGCGAGAUAUUUCUUAGGCAAGCGUGAUAAUGAUGAGAUUGAGGAGGAAAAACGAUACCGCUACUUCCUUGGGAAACGGAGUUCCGACGAUUUACUGAAGAGGAGGUAUUAUUUCCUCGGCAAAAGACCUGCCAUGUUGGACAAUGACUUCGAAAAAAGGCGACGAUUUUUCUUGGGAAAAAGGAGGAGAUUCUUUCUGGGAAAAAGAGAUUCUAAUUACGACAACAACGAUUUGGUGCCACAAUCUGGUGUCAUUGGUGAGGGAAACGAUUUCGAGGAUUCCCAAAACGGACUUAGAGAUUUCGUACAAAAGCGCAUGAGAUACUUUCUGGGCAAACGCUCAGAUGAUUUAGACGGGCACAAUUUGGAAACGGACAAACGCUUUGCAAGACAUUUUCUCGGGAGGUAAGUUCCAGUGUGAGAUUCGGUGUUUAUCUGAACUCUGCCUUAGUGGGCCCUCGCUAUUCUUGGAAAUAUCCGAAAGUCCUGUUUAUAUAACUUGUAAAGCUGACGCUGAAAAAUCCCUAUAAAUUGUGGUAGCUGUACAUGUACGCGUAAUGUCAGCUUGGACGAUUCAUACAGAUCAAAUGACAGACUCUGGCGUAUUGUGAUAUCAGUCUUUAAGUGAACCUGUUUUAUUGUGCUGUGACAAGAUUAAAUUCCAAACGAUAGCUAAGAAAAUAUGGACAAAUAUUGUUGUGUUGUGUGAUAACCACCAUUCCGUAACAACCCCGACCCCGGUCCAGGGGUGGGAGUAGAGGUUGUCGAAUGAGGGACGUGAGCAAUUCUCAGGUUUGGCUACAACUUUCUUCUGUUUGCUGACGACAUAAUACUGGUUAACAAUAGAGAUAUUUUGAAAAAAUACAACUUGCAUAUGUACACAUUACCUACGUGAAAUAUAAAUAUAUUUUGUAUAAACAGUCUUGGAAAUCUAACGUUAUUUGUUAUGUUAAGCUAUCGUAUCAAAUCGAUAUUGUGUUUUGUUUUGCUAAUUGUAGUAUUCGUAGAGAUAUAAUAUCAGAAACGGCAGUCAAUCAUCGAUGAAACAAACGGCACAAUCAUUAAUUAUAUAGCUUUAUGUCAAUAGAUGAGCGGAUGAGGAACAAUAGAUUUCUAUAUGUUUAGUAUACAAAAGAUGUAUACUUCGCUGUAAUUUUGACAAUAAAAGACGUUUCGAAAACAAACAAAAAACUUUGAAGGUCAUGAAUUAUUCGUCGAUGUAGUUUAAAUGUUUAAAACAUGUUUAAUACACAGCAAAACGAUUUCUUUGGAGA